AUGUUUAACCUUUUGAUCCUCUUCCCGGUUGACAUUGCCGAAAAAAACAUCACUGAUAAUCUUGAAAUCUCUAUUGACAAUUUCACUAUUGGGUAUCUCAAGAAACUUAUAUGGCGUAAUAAGCAGGAUUCCUUCGAAAAAGUUGAACCCCGCUAUGGAAGAUUGAAGAUCUCAGCGAAGAAAAUGAGAAGUGGGGAAUACUUGAAAAGAAGUCUCAUACUGAAAUUGACAGUAAACAAGAAUUCGGAGGUAAGAAUUCGUUCUCAACUAAGAAAGUUUAGAGAGGUUUUUCUAGAUAAUCUUCAGAUGAUAGCAUCUAUAUCGUUUGUACAACUGACUGCCAUCACUGGUUCCUCCCUACUCUGGCAAAACAUCAACGGCCAACUUACAAAGUAUCACUUGGUUAGCUCUUCAGAAUAUUCGAAGCACAGAGUGAUAAGAGUUUCAAUGCUUUGGGGAUCGGCUGUGGAAGUGAAUUGCAGUUGGGAGACGUUUGGAGAGUUAUGGAAGAGGAUUAUCGGUAUAAGUUGGAUUGAAUGUAGGGAUAUAAGUACGAAUGUAUCAUGGAAAACUGUCAAGAGAUGUCUUCAAGAAAUGCCAAACAUCUAUAUUAUUCUGUUUGGACCUACAGAUAUCAUGGUGCCAAAUCUGCAGGACUUUCGACUCUUUUGA